ACCAUCCUCCUUCCUUUUGUCUUUUCUUCAGUUUGUUAACUUCUCUAAAAGCCUCGUGGACUUCGGGCCAGCCGCGCAGCAGUUUUAUUUUUAUUUUUUUAAAUAACAGGCUAUGUCGUGGGUUCAUUUGGUGGGAUUGGAGCAUCUGGACUGACCGAUUCCACAGGCGGCAGAUUUUCCUACUCUUUUCUUAGAAGUUUCAUGGAGUCUUUGUGGAAAUCAUUGAUUACACGGGUGAGGUCCAGAACCAUAUUAAUGCAUCAUCAUAACAAGGCUACUACAUGAUGAGCAGCGAGUCAAUGCAGACCCUCACUGACCCAGUGUUUCGAACCAAGAUGCCAUUAUUUGACCGGACGAUUGCAUCCCCAGGACUCUCAAAACCACAAAAUAUGUCUGGUUUCCUGGGCAAGCAGACGCUGCCAUGCCAUGGGACCUUCUUUGCUUAUGACCCAAGAGUAAAAGAGGGAGUAGGAUUCACUUCUCCUUGGAGGAACUCAAAGACAUCUCUGCUGAAUGAUGGAAGUACUAUGAGUCACCUCUCUGGCAUGGAGGGAAACCAUCUGAUUUACAGGCAAGACAGCAGUUCUUCAGAGGAAGGCCAGUCUUCCUCUAUGCGUCACACACCAGUAAAACAGGGCUUUAUGAGGUACAAGAAAAGUCCUGAGAUCAGCAGUUCCACAGCUGCAGCAUCGGUAUCAAUUAGAAAACAAAAAACUGGCGGUGAGAAUUCAUCAUCCCCAUCUGAAAACUCUGUUUACUUAGCAAUUCCCAGGCCAGUUUAUGGACACAAUCCCUGCUGUAAUGAACUGGGUUGCAUGUUAGGACAACGAUACAGUGUGGAACAUGGCUCUCCGAGGAUACCAAACGCUGUAUAUGAGCGUGACUGGAGGCAAACUGAUGCUCACUACACUGAAAGACCAUCUAUUGAGAGGAAAGGACAAGACACAGUGCUUCAACAGAGAGUCUUACAGUUUGAAUCCAGCACAGAUACACUGAAGAGGCUCACUGUGGAUGCAUACAGCCCUGGUAGAGGAAGGACUUUGCCUGCUGUGAUUGAGCCACACUACAGCAGUUACCCCUGCACCCCGACUCGUACACUAUUUGGUUCUUUAAGCGAGCAUAGCCAGCCUUUACAGACUUCCCCCAGAGGCUACCCUGGCCUCUACCCCUCCCACCCUACAUAUGAGCAUAUGACCUCAGAGGUUUAUCAGGAACGUUCUCCCAUGUCCAAAUAUGGCCAACUAGCACAGCACCAAGUGUUUUACUACCCCCAGGCAAAUGUGGAGGUAGAAAACAGAACCCAGUGUAAAGAUAGUGGCAGUAAGCAGAGAGAAGAUGUUGCUGUUAUUCAUAAACACACAAGCUCAAACCCUCGGGAGCAUUACAUAGUGCCUCAGUCCCUUCAUGCUGAAAUUCCUUUGCCUUUGUCUAGCACUGAAAUGUUGCCAAAUCAUUCCUUUAUGCGAGGUUUUAGCUAUCCAUGCUACGCUGUUCCAAGCUUUCAUUUAAAUCCAAACCAAAUCCGAGCACCCCUAAAAAGGCAACAUGCAUCACCUACUUUUCAUCCUAGUCACAAAAAUGUUUCCCCAUCCAGCCACCGUAUGGAUCAUCACAUGGCCUCUACCACCAAUUUACAAAAGGACAAACUUAAGCCACCCAGCCAUCAUGUUGACCACCUAUCAAUUUCCUCACCAUUUCUACCUGCAGACAAAACCAGCCCCACCAGACGCAUGAGCAAAAUUGGUGUCUCACCAUCAAUUACAGAAAUGAGCAGAUUUUUUCCCCCUCUCACCCACCUGCACAGAGACCCACCUGUCUUUCCACCAGAUGGUUUGAACAUGGACAGAAUCAUGGACUAUUCCUCCUGUGAAGCACAAGUGCCUUGCCUGAAACAGUCAAAAAGCCUUCCUGUUUCCCCAGCUGUGUGGCGACCUCAGUCACCCAGUCACAGUUCAGAUCGAAUCCACAAAGACAUGCCUAAGAGUGCGAAUGUCCAAAAAAGUAUUGAUUCUGCUGCUAUCGAAACAGAAAGCAAACACAGAGACUCUGUGUCCAGUUCAGAGACUGCUGUUAAUAAACAGUCCCUAAAGAGGAGCAUUUCCCACUCGUCUCCACCCGUCAAAGUAAAAGAGGAGGAAAAGGAUUUAUAUGAAGUAGAAUGCACCAAGAAAAGACAAAAGUUGGAGAUGGAGAAUGUCCGAGAAGGAAAUAAAAAUGACUCUCCUCCUAUGCCAGUUAUUGACACUGUUUUCAGCUUGGCACCUUACCAAGGAUAUCUGCACACCUCCAGAGUGUUAUCUGGAGCUGGAGUACCUGCAAAAGUUAAGUCCAAGCCAGGCAAAGAAAAGAAGCAAGAUCCUGGGGAACAGGAGCCUGCUGUGUGUCUAGUUUCCAAAGAAAUCUGUGCUAAUGCUCCAAAAGAGAAGAGUGUUGCAGAAGUCUGUGAACCCAAAAAUAUUAAAGUAGAAAAACUAGAUCAGUCAGAUAUCAACAGCUCUGUAGAGAAUUGCAUUAGUCAAAACAACUGCAACAAAGUGGCAAUCAAAAAAGAGCCUAAAGAGACUGGUUCAUGUGAUGCUGGGCCUAUUUUCUUAAAACAGACAAACGAAUCUGAUGAAUUUGAAACUAAGCCCUCUUCAGCGGGUGAAAAAAUGACUUCCGAUGAGUCCAAACCUGCUGAAUUGACUGCACAGACAAAUUCAACUUCUCACGGUGACACAGGCACGGUGCACAAACAGGAGCUCACCCUUUCACCCAAACCCACUACUCCACUGCCUGGGAGCAAACUAAAUUUCAAAAACAUUCCUCCUCAGUGUCUUAAACUUUCCACCUACAAGAUUAUAAUCCCUAAUGGCAAUCAUUAUUUCCCUGUCCCACCACCACAGAAGCCAACUGCAACUGAGUUCAUGCCAAAACAAGAUCUACAAACACCUGGUCGCAAGCAUUUCUUUGAGCUGCACCAGUCUUUCUGUAAGCUUGUGUCCAAAUCUGUGUCGACGUCUUCAGAACAGGAGCUCAAGAACUGGUUGUCUCAGCUGAAAAUGACUGAAACGGUGUCUCCCACGACCAAAGUCCAGAAAGUGUCCUGCUUGUUGGGGGGAAAAGCCAGAGAGGUGUGGCUCAAUGAAGAGAUGAAAUCAGCACUCCAUACGGUUGUUGAAAGGUUAAAAGAGUACACGGCCCAGGAACGCUGUCCUUUUCCGCACGUCAUGCGGACAGGAGCAGUGUUUCUUCCCAUGCUGGUGGUAAAGGAGCUACUGUUCCCGAUGGUCCAGGGCAGCUUUAUUGACCAGGUCCUGCAGGAGCACAAAGUCAAGCUGCGGCCCACCACGCUCUCUGAAGAGAAGAUCCUCAUCCAGCUUCAUAAACGAGCCUGCUCCUCCAGGCUCAGGAGACUGAUGUCCCUCAAACAUCUGCCCGACGUCUAUGCUGAUGUGGUCAAUCUUUUGCAUUAUGUCUGCGUCUGCAAACAGCUGGAGUCAACCUCACCUGAUGCCCAAAAGAGAGUCCAGGAUUAGAUAUGGACUCCGAUCACAGGGAACAUGAUGGAAGCUGUGAAGCGACUAACAGUGGGAGGGUUCCCGGAUUUUCAGACACCACUGCCUCUGCAGCAUCACCCUCAGAGUUGUACCUUCAGAGAUGUUCAGAGGAUGAGGAAACACAAUUGCAUUUGAACAGGAAUAGAAUAAAAAGAAGGGUAAAGAGCAGUUCGAGGCAUAUGUUUCUAGACAACAGUUUGUCAGAUGGGGAAGAAAGAGGGGACGCAGAC